GUCUAAACCUUGUGCUGGACCUAUCCUAUCCACUUACUCCGCCUUCCUCUCGCCGGCGACGCCGUCACACCACAACCACCGCGUCAUUGCCGUAAUCAACCGUUGUAUUCCGUGUGACCACCGACAUGGCCGCUUCGCUCCCUCACUCUCUCCCCAUUCCUCGCCGGCGUCAUUCUCCAGUUUCAAUCUUCAAUGAGCAGAUUCUUGGUGUAUACCGCUUUGAUGUCAACUUCAAUAGGCAAAAGCACGCAAGAGUGGUCUGUCAAGGUAUGUUGGCACCUAGAAAGUUCAUGCAGAGAAGGAAAAAAGUUGAAGUUUUUAAGGAUGAUGCUGACGAGGCGGAUCAAAAGAACUGGAGGAAGAUGAUGAAUGAAAUCGACGAGGUGGGGUCCGCAGUUUCCGUGCUCAGAACACGAAGAACUAAGAACCAGCCUCUUCCCAAAGACCUUGUUUUGGGAACGUUAGUUCGAUUUAAACAGCAAAAGAAAUGGAAUAUUGUUGCUGAGAUUCUCGAGUGGCUUAGAACUCAACACUGGUGGAACUUUAAUGAAAUGGAUGCAUUGAUGCUAAUUACCGCUUACGGAAAACAAGGGGAUUUUAACAAAGCCGAAAGGGUUUUUAGUUAUAUAAACAAAAAGGGUUAUCCGCCAAGUGUCGUAUCUCAUACUGCUUUAAUGGAAGCGUACGGAAAAGGCGGUCAAUACAACAAAGCAGAAGCGAUAUUCAGAAGAAUGCAAUCUUCAGGACCCGAACCGUCUGCUAUAACAUAUCAAAUAAUUCUUAAAAUAUUUGUUGAGGCAGACAAAUACUUAGAAGCCGAAGAAGUAUUCGAAACAAUUUUGACGGAUGACAUGUCAUCUUUAAAACCUGACCAACAAAUGUUUCAUAUGAUGAUUUACAUGUACAAAAAAGCAGGGAAGAGUGAUAAAGCCCGUAAGCUAUUUUCAAUGAUGAACGAAAGAGGACUUCAACAAACCUCCGUAACGUAUAAUAGUUUGAUGUCGUUUGAAACUAAUUAUAAAGAAGUUGCAAAAAUCUAUGAUCAGAUGCAAAGAGCUAAGGUGAAACCUGACGUUGUGAGCUAUGCUUUACUAAUUAGUGCGUAUGGGAAAGCGCGUAGGGAAGACGAGGCUUUAGCUGUUUUUGAAGAGAUGUUGGAUGCUGGUGUGAGGCCGACACAAAAGGCGUAUAACAUCUUGCUCGAUGCAUUUGCAAUAUCGGGAAUGGUGGAGCAGGCGAAGAUCGUCUUUAAGAGCAUGCGGAGGGACAGAUGUACCCCCGAUCUAUGUUCAUACACAACAAUGUUAUCAUCAUACGUGAAUGCAUCCGACAUGGAAGGAGCCGAGAAAUUCUUUAAAAGAAUAAAACAUGAUGGACUUGAACCUAACGUCGUCACGUACGGUACUUUAAUCAAAGGCUACGCCAAAACAAAUGAUCUUGAAACUAUGAUGCGGAAAUAUGAGGAAAUGCAGUUACAUGGUAUCAAAGCCAAUCAAACUAUUUACACUACGAUUAUGGACGCGUAUGGAAAGAACCGGGAUUUUGGGGAUGCGGUGAUUUGGUUCAAAGAGAUGGAAUCUUGUGGGGUUGUUCCUGACCAGAAAGCGAAGAAUAUUCUUUUGUCGUUGGCUAAUACGGUUGAAGAAAAAGCGGAAGCUAGUGAAUUAGUUGGACAAACUGAUUGUUUUAAUGAUCAACAUACGGUUAUUAAUGAGAAUAUUCGUUUUGAUGAUGACGACGACGAUGAUGAUGAUGAUGACGAUGAAGAUGAUGAAGACGGUGAUGACUACGAUGAUGAUGAUGAACAAACUCUUUCUUUUAUAGAUGAAAGAACAAAGGCGUCGUCGAUUUCCGUUGGUGUAUAACAUACCUGUCGUGAAAUUUUGGAGCGAAUAUUCUGCAUUUGUGAAUAGUCUAAAGUUGUGUAACAUGAUAGAUUGCGAUAGUGUCAGCCCGUGAUUGUAAUUUGUCGGGCUGAUGUACGACGAAUGACGAUAUAAGUUUUUGUCAUAUCACAACUGUUCUUAUUACCCUAUUGUUGUUGGCUAGUAUUGUGAUACUCCCUUUUUUCUAUAA